GCAAAAACGCACUUCCAUUCAUUGGUAAUGCCGCGACCUUUACUUGAAAACCGCUGCCAGCCAUGCAGACAGCGAAAGGUUAAAUGCGAUGGACAUCGUCCAGCAUGCCUUCGCUGCGGGCGAUGGUCUAGGGAUUGCCAAUGGAGGCACACUAAUGGCUACAGUGAAGCUUCAAGGCUGUCUGUAGCAGACACCGCUAGCCGUGAGGCUCAAACCUAUGAGACUCAAACGAACAUCCAAGAUCCCGGGAAAUAUAUAUCCACUACGGAUCCGGAACAAGCACUUCAAAAUCCUCGAGUCGCAUGUAUCUUUCGACAUUACAUUGAAAAUCUAGCUAGCUGGUAUGACUUGAACGACAGGAAGCGGCAUUUUGAAGACAUGGUUCCAGUCCGUGCCAGACAGAAUUCUCUUUUAUUGAGCGCCAUCCUGGCAUUUUCUGCUGCGAGUCAGAGCUCCAAUCAUUCCAAUGAUUCCUUAUCGGAAGUGGCGGAUGCGUACCACUUGGAAAGUGUCCAAGCAUUACUGUCUCUUACUGAAAAUAUAAACGAGUUCAGAACCGGGGAAACACUUGCUGCGAUUUGCAUUCUCCGGUCAUAUGAAAUCAUAUCCCAGAAUGUCAGUGCUCAGAAUCACCUCAGAGGCUCAUACUCGUUAAUAGCAAGUGGUCCGAAUGAUCUAGAGCCAGGCUUGAUGAGAGCUGGUUUUUGGAACUAUCUCCGAGAAGACAUAACCGUUGCUCUCAUGGAAAAGCGCAAUUUGAUGAUAGAACUGAAAGAUCAACAGCCGCCGUUACUCGACGGUGAGAAUGAUCCUGCCAACUACAUAUCAUACAUAUUAGGCAGAGUCAUCAACCGUUGUCUGCACAAAGAUGGCGAAGCUCUGGAUAAACGCGAAUGGGAUUCAUUGAAGGAGGACCUUAAUAGUUGGAAGGCCUCGCUUCCCUCGUCUUUCGGGCCUAUCAUCACCCCAGGACUUCGCGGAGGAAGCCGGUUCCCGUCUGCAUGGAACACAUCAAAGUGGCAUACCGCUAGCUUACAGUACUACCACACUGCGAUGUCAAUCCUUUGUCUUGCAGAGCCAGUUCCUUACGUGAUGAACACAUUGCAACAUAUUGAAAGGAUGAAGUCAAUCGAAGCCAAGCUGGAAUACCACGCUAUCCAUGUAUGCGCGUUGGCAAUAUCCAGCAACUCAGCGCCUGUAUGGGUCAACUCUUUUGGGCCAAUAUCUUUCUGCGGGUCUUGGCUCCGACAGCCUGAAAUGCUCGUAGAGCUUACCACUGAGUUGAAAAAAUGGGGAGGGAAGACCGGAUGGCCUGUUUCCAGUGUUUUGAAUUCACUAACGAAAACAUCCGGUUGAUGAUAUGAUUGUGAAACAAAUAUUGCCAAUCCGAUGCAUUAAGAAAUAAUCCCAGGAAAAGAUCUGUAGUUAGCCUUUCCAUUAUCACACCCGUGAACCAAUAGCCAGCCACUAACUGCAAAAAGUACUCGAUAAACCGCAUAGGACUGUUGCGCAACGCUCGGGUAUCACCCACCACUUGGUGUCCUAUCGUAUGAUGCUUCUCGGUAGGAACUUCCGGCGUAUUACUCGGGUAAUUUUAUUCAGAAUGAUUCUCACCGUUCGUGAGGCCUGUCAAGCGACGGUCAAAACCAGAUCAGAAUGGCAUCAG